AUGGGGACUUUCAAUCUGUGGACAGAUUACCUGGGCCUAGCAAGCCUGGUUGGGGCUUUGCAUGAGGAAGAAGAGCCUGAUGUCAGGCUGGAGCCCAAGCCAGAGCCCAAGCCGAGCCCAGAAAGCCAGAAGGCCAGCAAGGAAUCCUCAGCAGCUCCUGAACGCCUGUGCUCCUUCUGCAAACACAACGGGGAGUCCCGUGCCAUCUACCAAUCCCACGUCCUGAAGGAUGAGGCCGGCCGGGUGCUGUGUCCCAUUUUGAGGGAUUAUGUGUGUCCCCAGUGUGGGGCCACUCAGGAGCAUGCCCACACUCGACGCUUCUGCCCACUCACCGGCCAGGGCUACACUUCUGUCUACUGCUACACCACUCGGAAUUCUGCAGGCAAAAAGCUGACCCGGCCUGACAAGGCAAAGUCACAGGAUGCUGGCCACCGCUCUGGAGGAGAAACAGCAGCAGGUGUCUAUGCAGGUUCCAAAAGUGGCAGGAAGCCCUCUGGACCUUCACCCUCGGCCUGA